AUGGAUACUUUAGUUAUAAUUAAAGGUUGUUUGAUUGAACCGAAUAGUUCGCCCUCUUUAAUAACUGAUUCAGGAUAGAAAUUUAGAAUAGCGUUUGACUUUCUUUAAAUGUCCAUCUUUUUCAAAGGGUUUUCAGAGCUUUUUGAUUUUCUUAUUUUAAUUUUGUAAUUCUAUACUUGUUUAUUCAUUGCAAUAUAAAAAUAUUUUUUGAUUUUCUGGAAUGUUUUAUUGAACAUGCUUGCCAUUAAGUACUUUCUUCAAAGUUAAAAUAUUAGAUUGUGAAUUUUAACAACUGUAAUUGGAGGCAUGCAGUGACAGCUUAGACGGAAUAGGAGAAUACAUGAUGGAGAAGUUGAAUUACUAUUUAAGUUAAUUACAAAUAUAAUAAUGGAUUGAUAUGAAUGUAAAUGAAUAUUCAAAAUAUUUUUAUUCUUUAGAAAAUUGA